AUGGCAGAUAAAUUUCCAGAAAUAGAUACACCAGAACACAACGAAGAUUUUGAAUCUUCAGAUUUUCUUUCAAGAGAAAAAGAAUUGGUCGGUGAUGAAUUUAAAACUGAUCAAGAUAAAGUUUUAGAAGAAAGUGAAGAUGAAGAAAUAAAUGAAUUUAAAGAACAAUUUCCCGAAGUUGAAUCAUCAAAUAAUCAAGAUCAACUCCCUCAAAAGGAUGAAAAUUUAGAAGAUGAAAUUGAAUUUGAAGGAUUUGAAUCAACACAACCAUCAAAAGAUUUAUCACAAUCUACUUCAAUAAAAGAAUGGAAACAAAGAAGAGAUUUAGAAAUUGAAGAAAGAGAAAAAAUUAAUUCACAAAAAAAGAAAGAUAUCAUAAAUAAAGCUAAACAAACAAUAGAUGAUUUUUAUGAAAAUUAUAAUUCUAAAAAGGAAACAAGUUUUAAAAAUAUUGAAAAAGAUCAAGAAAAUUUUUUAAAGAAAAGGGAUGAAUUUUUAAAAAAUGGUACUUUAUGGGAUAGAGUUAAUGAAUUGAUUUCAAAAGUUGAUAAUAUAAGUAUUGAAGAUAAUAAUAGAGAUAAAACUAGAUUUAAAGAGAUUUUAACUAAAUUGAAAGGAAAAGAAAACGUACCAGGAGCAGGUGGAUAUCAAGAAUAA